UUAAGACCUUGAUACUUGGAACACAAGGAAGCAGCUGCAUAAUUUAACAGGGUGUGACUGUGAACCUCUGCACGGUCCAGAAAUCUUCAGUUGGUCGUCGAGCUCUCCAGGAGAAGAGAAUUAGACAUGGCUUCCACCUGCAACAACUCCUCGUCAUUCAAGAUCAUACUCGGCUCGUCGUCGCCGGCUCGCCGCGAGAUCCUGUCCGAUAUGGGAUACGAGUUCACCGUCAUGUGCGCUGACAUCGACGAGAAGGCCAUCAGGAGGGAGAAGCCGGAGGAGCUGGUCAAGGCCCUGGCCGAAGCAAAGGCCGACGCCGUUAAACUGAACCUUCCUGGCGGAUGCGCUCGAUAUCAGCCUACCCUUCUGAUCACUUCCGACCAGGUUAUGGUGAGCAAAGGGGUGAUCAGGGAGAGGCCCAGAAACAUGGAGGAAGCCAGAGAAUUCAUCAAGGCGUACUCGGGUGAUCGAGCGUUUGCGGUGAACUAUGUUCUCGUCACCAACCUGAGCACCGGGGGCAGAAAAGGGGGCUGGGAUAUACCUGAGAUAAUUUUUCGCCACAUACCAGACGCGUUCAUCGAACAAGUCGUGAAGGAAGAAGACAUGACCUGCGUGGCUGGGGGCUUCAAGCUGACGCAUCCAUCGGCGUCGCCAUUCAUCAAGGAACUAGUCGGUACAGCGGACAGCGUCCGAGGGCUACCGAGGGAGCUCACCGAGAAACUUAUCACAGAGUCGUUGGAAGCACAAUAGUUCGAUUUGUCCGUUACCCAGCAUUGUAAUAACAUCUAUAUCUAUAUCUAUACCUAAUAAUAAAGGAGCUAAGGUUUCUGCCAAAAAGUUU